UGGACCGAACCGGCCAACCCAACCCCUCCCUCCUCCCCGACAACAGCCUCGACACACAUAGGCGGCAUCGGCCGCCACAUCGAGGCCGUGGAGCGCGACACGCCGUGGCAGGUCAAGGGCUGGGGCAUCAGCAUAUUCGCCUUCGAGAUGGGCUACUUCACGUCGGUGGCGUUCCCAAAGAUCGCCAUCAUCUGCCUGUACCUGCGCAUCUUCAAGUGGACCGGGCCGAAGCGCAACUGCGCCCUGGGGCUCAUCUUCCUCAACGCCGCGCUGGCCCUGUGCCUGGUCCUGAUCGGCUGCUUCCAGUGCCGUCCGCUCGCCUACUGGUGGGACAAGUCCAUCGAGGGCGGCAGCUGCAUCGACAUCCAGAGCUUCUAUCACGCCCAGGCCAUCCCGGGCUUGGUGCUGGACCUGGGCAUCAUCGCCCUGCCGCUGCAGAGCAUCUGGAGGAUGAAUCUGCCUUUUCUGAGAAAGGUGGCGCUGGGCAUGAUUUUUAUAAUUGGUAGUUUCGGCAUCGUCGCCGCCAUCGUCCGCACGACCGUCUUCUUCUCGACCGAGGCCCUCGACGACCGGACCAUGGCGUCGGUCGAGCUCGAGAGCUGGUCCAUCAUCGAGACGUCCAUGUACAUCGUGGCGGUGUGCAUGCCGCGGCUGCCGCCCCUCCGGCCCGUCAUCAGCGAGAUCGUGCCGAACCGCCUGCGCGUCAUCUGCCGCCGCACCACGGCGCGCGUCUCGGCCGUGCUGAGCCAGGGCUCCAAGGCCGUGUCGACCGUGUCGCGCCGCACCGCCCGCAGCUUCGCCUGGACCGCCAAGCGCGGCCCGCCCAGCAGCGUCGUGCUCUCGACCGCCCAGCACGACGGCUCCCGGUCGCCCACCGCCAGGAGGUCGCCGUCGCUCAACAACAACAACAACAACAAUAACAGCAGCCCCGUGCUGGCAGGUGACGAGUCCCGUCGCCAGGAGAAGAAGAGGUGGCGCGAUAGGUUGUCGCAGACCCAGCAGCAGCCGCAGCAGCAGCAGCAGCAGCAGAGUGCUUGGACUGGUGGCGAGGAUCAGGCGGAUGACGUGGGCGGACCUUACCGACGAAGGUCGCUGCCUGCCAUCGGGUCGUUGGAAAAGGUCGAUUCGGCUCACCCUCAACAGCAGCAGCAACAACAGCAGCAGCAGCAGCAGGAGAAGGAGAAGGAGAAGGAGACCAAGGACGGUAAAGUUGCGGCCGGGCAGAUGUCCGGCAUGCAACAGCAGCAGUCGUACAAGCCUAGGGAGUCCGGGUCGUCGAGGCUCCCGCGGUCGCCGAGGAGUGCAAUCUUUGUCACGUACGAAGAGCCGUCGCCGGCCCCGUCUUCGGGUAGUUUUGGGUUCAGGGAUGCAGAGGAAAGGAUUUCUGUCGAGGCCGAGUCCGACGUCGAGGUCAUGUCCAGACCGGGUACUGGCAGCAGCAGCAGCAGCAACAGCAGCAGCAACAGCAACAGCAACAGCAACAACAACGGCAGCAGGGAAGAAAGGAACGUGACCCUGGGCAUAAUCUGCGCGUCGGUGCCCAGCCUGGCCCCGCUGCUCAACUGGUUCGAGCACCGACGGCGGCGGCUCAGCGACCCGGAGCGCCGCGCCGCGGCCGCCAACAAGCCGCGGACGAGGGAGGAGCAGUCGGGCGGCCGGCCGCGCCGCGACGCGCUGGACGACGUCACGUACGGGGGCGACACGUUUGUCGACUCGCGGGAGGAGAAAGACGAGCACUACGAGGGCGGCAGCGACGCCGCCGACGGGGAGGCCAAGGUCCACGCCCUGGAGAGGGUUGCGCCGGUCGAUUCGGCGAGCAGCGCCGAGUCGGUCCGCCAUGGGGCGCGCGGGAGGACCAGUGCCGGCGGGCUGCCGGAUGGGGGUCUGUCGCCGCCGCCACCGGGUGGGAACUGA